GCCCCCGGUCCCCUCGGCGGCGCUGAGGCGGGACGGCCCGCGGGGCUCAGGUGAGCCGGGCAGAGCUGCGCUGCGCUGCGACGGACCGCGGCCCCGCCUCGGCACCCCGGAAGGCGACCUGAGGGGCAGGGCGGUGCCCUGAGGAAGGCUGCGGAGGUUCCAGAUGGACUCCCGUGCGGCGCCCGGAGCCGGCACGCUGUAGCGGCGGCGACGUCCCGUUUCCCGCCUCUCGUCCCGGCCGCCUUCUCUCACAGUUCUGAAGUUCUGUAAAAACUUUGAAGCCUGUUUCUACUAGCACUGGCAACUGAAGUUCAUCUGUGAAACAGAACCAUUGCAGAGAAGGAACUGCUGCAAUUUUGGAAUACAGAAGACCACCUUCAUCUUUGCAGAGGUGACACAUCUCAAUGGAUGGGCCAUUGUGACAGUGAGGGUGCUGCAAAUUGACAAUGGGACUCUGCUUCUCUAAGCCACUGUCAAAGACUAUGGUGUGAGCAGAUCUGAGAGCACAAGAAGAAUCAGUGGGAAUCUUGGAUGGACAAAGAGGUACCCUGGUUACAUUUUAGAUUCUGACAGAAGACUUCAGUUUUGCUUCCUGAAGAGAAUUGUCCUUCUUCCCAAAAAGCUGGUGUACUUGUGUGGAGAGGCCAUGGAUUCUUCCUGAAGAUAGUGUGUUCGCUGGUGUUUGACAGCUCGGGGCUGCUGGCGAGGAGCUGCUCGGCCUGGGGAGCUGCCAGGAACACGAUGCCCUGCCCUGCUCUCGGCCUUGGGAAGCUGUGAGUUGCUCAUGUCCAUAAGGAGGAAGGAUGGCUCAUGGAAUUCCUUCACAAGGCAAAGUUACCAUAACGGUGGAUGAGUACAGCUCCAACCCGACGCAGGCCUUCACGCACUACAACAUUAACCAGAGCAGGUUCCAGCCUCCGCAUGUGCACAUGGUCGACCCUAUCCCAUAUGAUACUCCAAAACCAGCGGGCCACACGCGAUUUGUCUGCAUCUCAGACACACACUCCAGAACAGAUGGCAUCCAGAUGCCUUAUGGGGACAUCCUUCUCCACACGGGCGAUUUCACCGAGCUGGGACUGCCCUCAGAGGUUAAGAAGUUUAAUGACUGGUUAGGAAACCUGCCAUAUGAAUAUAAAAUAGUGAUCGCUGGGAAUCAUGAACUGACAUUUGAUAAGGAAUUCAUGGCAGACCUUGUUAAACAAGAUUACUACCGCUUUCCUUCUGUGUCCAAAUUGAAACCAGAGGACUUUGACAAUGUUCAGUCACUCCUGACAAAUAGUAUUUACUUACAAGAUUCAGAAGUAACAGUUAAAGGAUUCCGGAUAUACGGUGCCCCAUGGACACCGUGGUUUAAUGGAUGGGGCUUUAACCUACCCAGAGGUCAGUCUUUGCUAGACAAGUGGAACCUUAUCCCUGAGGGCAUUGAUAUACUAAUGACACAUGGACCUCCCCUUGGUUUUCGAGACUGGGUUCCAAAAGAGCUGCAGAGAGUUGGCUGUGUGGAACUGCUAAACACAGUGCAAAGGCGAGUAAGGCCCAAACUCCAUGUCUUUGGUGGGAUCCAUGAAGGUUAUGGCAUUAUGACAGACGGUUACACAACGUACAUCAAUGCUUCAACGUGUACAGUCAGCUUUCAACCAACCAAUCCUCCAAUUAUAUUUGACCUUCCAACCCCUCAAGGAUCAUGAAGCACUGCUGCACGUUUGGAACUGAGGAAGGUCUAUAAACUGCCAUUUUCUAAUUACAAUACUUGCAUUCUGUUACAUGUUUAUUUCAAAAUUUUUUGUGGGGGGCAUUUUUGGGAGGGAGAGUUGAGGGGUUUUUGUUUUGGGGCGGGGUUUUUUUUAGUAAAUUGCUGGUGCAACGAAACAAGACGAAAAGUUAGAGGUUGUGCUUUUUGGAAAUGCAGCGUUCAUUUGGAAUCGGACAAGCAUUGUGAAUUUGUAAAAUUAAUUUUGUUUUUCAAUAAACUGCCAUUGUAAAUUGUUAUAGUGUUCUCAAAAGGACAGCCAAGCUUUCUUUUAAGAAGUGAGAGACCUUAUUUUAAUAUUAUAUGAUAAGCUAAAAAAAAAAAUAGGCAGCAUUUAAAAACACCCAAAUUUGCACAACUUUUGUUAAUGUCGGGUUUUUUUUUUUUUCAAUGUCUUCUUUUCCCUGUGGUCUAAAUGUUAGCUUUUCAUCUCUCCAUUUAUAUUCGUUUUUCUUCCUUUCUUUUUUACCUUUUUUUUAUAGCAUAGACAAGACUUUGGGGUCCAUUUGCCUCUUGAUAUGUGUGCGUGUACUGAAACUUGUUUCUGUUCACAGUAAAAAUGCAGCGAGGGGAGAAUAGACUUCUCAGUUGUUUGUUUGUCACUACCUGCUUUGUACGGUAAAGAAUGGUAUAGAUAGCCAGUUCCGUGGCUGCAGAUAAUCCAUAAAUGGCAAGAGAACUUCUUGAGGUUAUGGUUCAUUGUAUGCCUACAGAAUGACAAACACAAUGGAACCUGCUGGUAUUGUGGCAAUGCAGCUAAGUAUUUAAUAACAGAAUCUUCUUUUCAAAUAGCACUUACUGCUGUGAAAAUGUAGUUUCAAAAAAAGAAAAUAAAGUGUUUCCACAAUUCUGCACCUGCAGUAGUGUGAAUACAAGAAAUGAGGAGGGAAACAGCUUUCCCAUUUGUCUUAGUAAGUUGACAACUAUUAAGCCUCCUGGUGAUAUUGAAAUCUUAUUGUAACCAAAGAUCAGUUCUUCAUUUUGGGUGUCAGCUCAGAAUCUUUUCUUUUGUCAGUCAGCAAUGGUAGAAUAGAGAGCUGGUUUUCUCAACCACACCUGUUUACUGACAAAAAACUAUAUGUUUAAGAACAUCUAUAUUUAACAUGGCUGUCCUUCCUCAGAUAAAGCUUAUUCUUGGAGGACAAAAAAAAAACAAAAAAAACCACCAAACACAACCUUACAUAUAAUGCACCCUGCGUUAUUCUCUCUCACUGGUAUUUUGUUUGUUCUUAUCACAUAAGGAGGAAGGAUCCAUUUCCUGGAAUUCUUCACUGUGCCAUGAGCUUCUAGAACAGAGCCAUUGCACCUGGAUUGCUCUCCAGCCUCCUGAUGGACCUGGCAGCUCUUCACUGCAUGCGUGUAGCUAGGACAGGUGCAGUCUGUGAUGCAGCAGGCAAAUAAGUGAUGAAUUAGCUUACUUCAAACUCUCUGAAGAUCAGCACUAGCAUAGAUUCUUUGAAAGAUCUGAAGCAGCAAAUAACAGAUUAUGCAGGGACUCUCCCAGGAAAACCUCAGCUUCAUCUCUGUGACAGCAGUGCUCAACCAAGGCUACGACCUGCUUGAGUUGGUGUUACGUAUCCAGUGUGAGAGUCCUUUUAGUGUGGAGCACACAGCAAGCAAGAAUCAGGGAGAGCAGGAACCAGAGGACAAGAGUGCUCUCGCAAUGGCCCUCCAGAGCUCAGUCCAGCAAUUGGCCAGGUUCCUGCAGGUGAGGGGUGAUCAGCACAGCACAGGACCCUGCCCAAACAGCUGAGCAACCUGACUGUGUGAUGUGUGCCUGACUGCACCAUGAUUGCAUCUCUGCGUAAAGGAGCAUCUUCAGUGCUGCAGCCCAUUUGCUCCUCAGCUGAACCAGGUCUGCUCGUGAUGGCCAUUGGCUGAGCACUGGGACUGCCCUGCCUCUGGGACUGCCUGCCAGCACUGAGAAAAGGCUUCUGAGAUGAGAGGCAACAAGUGUUCUCUGAUGGCAACAUUAGAGGAUGUUUGCACCCAAAACAAAACGGUAUCUGUCUAGAAUAUAAAUAAGCAUAAACAGGUAACAGUACUGCUCUGUCAACCAGGAAUGAGUAACUGAGCUAGGCAAUUUCCCAAGCCCAUCAUAGUCCCUUACACUCUAGAAAGCUGCUAUGAUCCCGUAAUAAUCACUGGAUGUUAGCUUUCCAUUUGGGUAGUUUGUCCAAUAUAAUUCAGCCAGGACUUAUGGCUCAUCCUUACAAUAAUAGGUCACCAUAUGUUUCACAUCUGGUCCUUCAGAAAAGCCAUAUUGCACACGAUACCAACUAUUUUAGGGUACAGUCUCCAGAGAUCCUUAAGUGUGACUAGCAGUCUUGACAGUUUAUCAGUUUCAUUAAUCAGCAUUAAAACCUCAUUUUACUAUUAACAAGCAUAAUUAGUACUAGUCCAAAUGACAACUAAAAUAAGCAACUUCACUGGUUUUGUUUUUAGCAAGCUGAUAAAGCUGGGUUGUUUCUUUGUUUGUUUGUUUGUUUGUUUUCUAAAAUAAAGGCACCUAAAAAGCCAACAGCAAGUCCACCAUUUUGCCACCAAAACUCAUUUGUCCAAAUUAACCUAAGUUCUCCAGUGAUGAUAGAGCAGAAUUGUGUUUAGUCAGACAACAAGGUUAAGGUUAUGGACUUCUUCAUGUUCGUAUCUCUCAGAAAUCAGCUAUCUGUAGUUUGUAAUAGGAGAGGGGGCUGUGUUAGAGUUGUCUGCAGUUUCUGAAUAUUCACUGUUAGCUGAAGGCUUCAGUCUAAAGUCAGGAUCUAACUAGCUUUUAUAUGAGAGAGAAAAGGCAAAAAUAAUCCCAUUUACAGACAACAGUAUGCAGAGAAAAUGUCUUCUCUUGCCCCAAACACCACAUCCUGGGACCUGCUGGUAUUUGUAGCUUGAAACACUUCGUUUUCUAUAGGUUUACUAUAGAGGAUUGAAACUUGAUACAAAUUCUUUAUGUGAAAAGUAUUUCACAUGAAGUUUUCCUGUGAGAAUAAAACACAGGAGCCUCCAUUACUCACUGACUGCCUUGCACAGUUUUGUGCACAUCUUUUGUUCUUAGCCUGUGUCCUAACAGCCUUUUCUCAACAUACCAUCCCCUAAGAUAUUAAUAAGAGGAGAGUAUGCAGAGUGCAGAACUAUUUUCUAACUUUCAGUAGUCCGUAUUGUGAGACAGCUCCCUGCAAGAAGUCAGCCAGGCAAGCUGUGAAAAAUCUUUACAAAGAGCCAGAAUGCAAUAAUUUGGUUCUCUUCUCCAUUACUCGCCAAACGAAAAUUCUCCUUGUGCUCCACACAGUGCAGUCUGGCAGCUUUUUAACAUCACCAGCUUGGGGGGUGCUUUCGGAAGGACUCCCUUGUGUGCCACUGCUGAAUGGGCCGGCACAGCAGGCCCUGUGCUCUUCAAGUAAAAUGCUUUUUUCUUCCCUAUUUAAAGAAGAGUUUCUUUCCAUUACGUUUAGCGAACAUUUGGGAUUUCUGGACCCCAGGUGGAAUAUAACAGGAAGGUAUAUGUGCUGCCUUCAAACCUUGGGGGGAUAAGGGCUAAUUUCCAGGUGGCUCAUUAUAACAGGAAAUUGUCUAAAAGUGUUGUGAAAUUCUGGACAUGCCUUUGCUCUGCAUAUGCCUGGUGGGCCCUUCUUCCAAGAGCAAAGAAUUCCUUCAGUACUUACAGUCAAAAUUUCCCCUUUUCUUUUUGAUGGGCAGAAAGCUGUUUGAUCCUUCCAGCAUGAGGGUGGCUAAUUUAGUAUGGGUUUGGUGAGCAGCUUUGGGCACUUUGCAUCACAGCGAAUGACAUAGACUACUUCCUUUGUAGCUGCUUCUGUGUCAUAGCUACAAAGGCAGGAAAGGCAUUUAUUCCAAUAGCUGCAGUAAGACUGGAUUUAUUCCCUAUCUCACCUUCAGAUAAAUACUGGGGUACGUAGUGUGGGUCCUGACCCAGAGCCACACUGUGAUGUCCUUUUCUGGGCCACUGCUGUCGGUGCAGGCUGGCUCCCUGUCAGGCUGGGAUGUGGAGCAGGAGGCAGUGGAAGUGGUUUGAAAGCUGUCACUUCUGCGAGCGCCCAGAGCUGUGAUGCUAAUCAAGAGAAAGGCAGGAGAUGGACUGGGUUCUUUACAUGAGCAGGUCUCCAGGGGUUGAAAUUUAUUUUAAGGUUGUGCUUAUUUUUAGAGCGUUUCUUGCUGUUGUUGUCAAACCUAUGCUAAAACAAUUACUGUUGCUGAGGGUCACCAGGAGUUCAGCCGUGCUGAAAACCUCCCAGCACCGCUCCGAGGGCCUGCAUGGCCAGGCAGGGCAGCCCACACAGACACCGUCGCUUAAAGAAACAGCAGCUUCUUGCCUUCCCUCUUUCUACUUGUAAAAUGAAAAGCAUAUUUGAGCCCUUUUACCUUGUGUCAUCAAGGCACAUUGCCAAAAUCCAGUUCCAGGUACCCCUGCACCAGCCCUGCCAUGCCCUUGCAUGACCUGGCUGCUCUGUUCUUGGGCUGUUCCAGUGCAGCCCACGAGACAGGCUCUCCAAUAAAGCAAGAUAGAGACAAACUAAAGCCAUAACAAGAACCAAACCCAAGUCUUCCAAGGUAGCCCUUCAAACACGCUCCCCCCGUGCUCAGCUGCGGGCCUCAAACCACUGCGUUUCUGUCUGGCCAAAGUGUGUGCAAAGGGACAGACUGCUGUCUGCACGCCUCUUUGGUUUAAUUCUCCCAUUUCCUAACUGAUACACAAAAUCAUUUCUUAAGUGACAUCAUUUUUACAUUUAGAAGAGUUAAGAUACUGAUUUUUCUGGUCAGUCCAUUGGCUGCGGAAUCACUAAGUGAUGCAGGGCAGCUGUUCCUGCACUUUUAAAGUGUUACUGCUGAGAACUUUAUACAUAUAAAGGCAUAAAUAAACCUGCACUAAGAAGAAAGAGUGUGGUAGAAACAGUGGAGAUCCUGGGCUGUCUGUUCAAGGCAAAGACAAGAACUUUCUGAAGAUGUGACAGAGCACCAUGGCUCUCCUCUCCACCAGCGAAGGACUCAACAAUCCAAGUAAGCACUGUAUUCCUUGUAUUUAAACCACAUUUAUUCUUUUCAAGGCCAUAAAAAGCAGAACACGUGGGAGGCCAUAUCUUCCCCCAAAAGGUUUAUGUUUUGGCAGUUAUGCUUCAAAUGAGAGUGGGACAAAAGUUGUUGCUCUGGGGAGGGAGGAAGGAUUUAAACAACAAAAAAUUUAAAAAACUGCCUGCUUUCACUUACCUGAUGCACUUUCUGAAGCAGAGCAUUGACUGCUGUAAAUCUGCAUGCCUUGCUGAGGAGCUGUACUGUUUCAGAUGGAAAGCUACUUUACAUGUUUUUGUGCAUUUGUGUAUGUAUUUUAUAUAUAAAUGCAAAAUGACAUUGUUUUCACUCUGUGUGUGUGUGUGUCUAUACAUGCAUAUAUGUAUACAUACACACCAAAAUGUGAAAGAAUGUGCUGAUAUUUUGUACCUUGACAUGCAUGCACAGCAGCUAAGGCACCUGGUUUCAUGGGACAUGUGCACACACAUGCAAGGACAGUUACUUUAGAACUGUUUUUGUUGUAUCCAACCAGGAGGAUUUUUAAUAGCAGUACUCAGGAAGCUGCAAGAGAGAUUUGUUUUCAGUUUCUCAGCCAUUCAUGAAAAAUAUCUGCUCAUGGAUUAACUUGCUUAUAAAGUCAGAGCUCUGGUUGUAAGCAAUCUUCAGCACAGGCCUCUUAUAUGAUAUAGAAGAGUUGCACUUCUCACCACAAACAGAUUUUAUUGGGUACUGGGGAACUGCAGUGAAACAGGUGCAAGCCUGAUCCUGCAGCCAGUGGAGUCAAAGUUUUUGCCACAAAUCUCAAAACUGAAGAUGACACCAGCUUCUGGUGGAAAUAGAGGAUGUUUUGUUCUGUGAUCAACAUGCUUAUACAUAAUAAUUAAAAGUGUGGGUACCAGACAAGCACAGCAGAUUCAAAGUAAUUUCUCGAUGGAGAGACUGGCGCCUUCGGGAAAGGGUCAGUCUUUAUUGCCUGUGAUGGUGCUGUCAGCAUAAAUAAUUAUCAUGAACUUCAACUUCAAGCAAUCAAACUUCAUUGUAUUGAAGGAGCCCCAUUAAAUGCUUAGAUUGUUCUUAAUUUGAUCUAGUGCGGUCAAUUCCCUCGGGAAAGAGAGGCUGAAAAAAAUCAAUAUGCCAUCGCAAAGGAAGCAGAGGUGUUCUGUCUCAUCUAGCAGAGGAAGGAGAACCAUCUGAGGAAUGGGAGCCCAUCUCGUCCUGCUGAAACAAGAGUGAUGUAUUUUCUGGAUGUGGAAGAUGCUCAUCAGAAGCACUGGAACCACUUGGAGCAGAUGACAAGUUUUGAAGACCAGAUUAGAGGAUGACUCAGAACUUUAACAAAGAAAACAACAUGCAGGAGUUGGCUGUGGCUCAGUGGCCUCACAGCAGUUGUCGGUCUCCAUCCCUCCUUCCUUCCAAGGAACAACGUGGCCUUUCUCCAGCUCUGCCUUGGUGACUGCCAUGCCCCCAUCUUUCCCCUCCAGCAGGAUUGCCCCUGCAGGUCACAUGUUGGUGGAUCAGGAGCUCGUUCAAUCCAGUAGACAGACACACAGCUAAAGCUGAACUUCUUCAGCAGCUACUCCAAGAAAAGUGAAUG